GGAGGUGGGACGCACUUAGACCAUCUGCAUAUCCGCAGCGCCGUCCCCAUUUUCUGCUCAUCCUAUACCCCCUCUGCGGACAGGAUUCAUUUACCACGCACAGCCUUCGAAUGACGAUCUGAACGUUGUCAGGCUGCCAUACGCAUGUUCUACUACCGUUCCCCCACGUGCAGCAAAUGUUCUACGAUCUCUCUUGUCUCAGGAAAUUCACUGUAACUGCUGCUGUUGACCUCGGCUUAUAUGGGGUCCAGACAGCGCUCUUUUUCACCGCUGCGAGCGCCCUCGCGCGGCAGUCGCAUACGCCGCAGAUAGUCCAAGUCCCCAUAAUCAUACUUUUCCUCUCCUCAACUAUGGCCGCAAUAGCGCUCGUUCUCUUCUUCUGCACUCGUCUGACGACUGAAGAUCAAUACUCGUACGAGGCUCUGGAUCGUCUGCACGUCUUGACCUCGGUCCUGUCAGUGGCGGAUCGCAUCAAUUAUCUCCUGAGCGACCUGGUCAUCGUAUGGCGUGCAUGGGUCCUUUGGCCCGACAGCCGUGUAGCGCGAUGCGUGCUUGUGUUCUGCUUCGUUACGAGCAUUGCUGGCGUCGGCGUCGAAGUCAUACCGACUCUCACCAGCGCGACACUGUACGAUGCAGAUGGCCCACGAACGCCCACCAUAGCGAUGGCAACCCCGCUCAUAGCCACGAACCUCAUUAGCACGGGUCUGAUAGGCGCUCGAAUUUGGUACUAUUGGCGUUAUAUCAGCAAAUCCUUGGGUACUGAGAAUAAGUCUCGGAUCCAAGGCGUGCUCUUGCUCUUGCUGGAGUCCGGACUGAUCUACCUUGGUUUCUGGCUUGCGAUAUACGUAGGCCUGAUAUACGAUUGGAGAUCGCCGCGCUCCCUGCAGCUCUACCACUACAGCGUCUUCUACAAAGCCCUGAUCGACUCGCUGCAUAAUAUUGCAGGAAUAUACCCCACCUUCGUCUUCCUCGUCGUCGCGGCCAAGCGCUCGACGGCAGAGACGAUGCUCACCUCCGCUCAACUCUCCAAGCCAAUGAACUUCGCAAGGAAUAGCGAGACGUCUGCGACGGAGUCAAUAGAGUUUCUGGAGCACGGCGAUGACAUGGACGAGCGCGGCGACAUUGACGAACGCAGUGGUGGCUUCGACGCGGAACGCGCCAGCCUUAUCCAGCAGCACUCUGGGCCUACGACAUCGACAUGCGCUUCCGGAUCGGCGCGGGCAAAUAAUGCCUUGCCAGGAGAGUCGAAUAUAUCACUGCUGCGUAAAUGAAGUGAGUGGUUUCGAAUCACUUCCAUCCCAGCCCGCCUUCUGGUGCUCAGUGGGCGACAUGCACCCGUCACAGUUGAACUUCGUGACCGUGACCAUCAUUGCCGCCCCCACGUUCAUCGGAUCGCACCGUUACAGCAAACAACCCUGGCUUGCUACAGUUUCGUCGUGACCCAUUUUGCCUCCUUCUGCUGCGAAAGUCACUGGUUACUGGACAGAAUACAGCUCUGUAUGUAAACGCACGACUGCUGUACACCUCGUAUACCUCGAUGACGGAGCACUCAUGCAUAAAUCGAUGCCAUCCCACGCCUGGC